GCAUAGCGUCAUUGGCAUCAGACCCGCAUUGAGACGUCGAGAUCCGGUCAUGGGCCCUGCUCGCUCCGCUAUAGUGGCUGCUUGCAACAGGGCGUCUGGGCGAUUACGAUAGAAAAUAUCACCCACUCGGGGCGCUCUUUCCACUCACUUGCGCGAGGCAAUUGGGAGCCGUGCGAACCUGACCACAACCUACCGAGACGUCGAGAUUGAUCGCGAUCGCUAAUUGUUUGUUACAGUAUCAGAGCAUCAACUACCAGCCAAAUACGCGAACCUCAACCCCCACUACGGUCCUAGAUACCCCACCCGCACUCCCUCGACCCAACCACCACCACAAACCUUCGGCCGUCCGCCGAUAUAAUGGGUAGCGUUUCCUUCGCCGAAGAUAUAAAAUUACCCCAGGAAACGCCGAUAGUCGAGGAGGAAAGCUCCGUCUUUCCUUAUCAGGAUGGCCCAGAGAACAAAUCGUGGGCGGGCGCCCUGCCCUUGAAGCAGGGUCUCUACGACCCUGAGUUGGAGAAGGAUGCUUGUGGUGUCGGUUUUGCUGCCCAUAUCAAGGGCAAGGCGAGCCACAAAAUCGUUUCGGAUGCACGGUCAUUGCUAUGCAACAUGACCCAUCGAGGUGCCGUGGGCUCCGAUGCACGUGAUGGCGACGGUGCUGGUGUCAUGACUUCGAUCCCCCACCGAUUCUUCGUGAAGGAGUUCGGACGCGAGCAGGGCUUUACGCUCCCUCCCCAGGGCCAGUAUGCGACUGGUAACCUCUUCUUCAAGCCCGAUGCCGCAGCGCUGGAUGAGACCAAGGCGAUGUUCGAGGAUGUGGCUGAUCAGCUGGAUCUGAGAGUAUUGGGUUGGCGAGUGGUCCCGCGGGACUCUACGCUGCUUGGUCCGGCUGCUUUGUCGCGCGAGCCAAUCAUACUGCAGCCGUUUGUGGUGCUAAAGACCGCGUUUGGUGAGGGCAAGGAGCCGAAGCCGGACUUCGACAAGACUUUUGAUACCGGGUACUUCGAGCGACAGCUCUAUGUGCUACGCAAGCGCUCCACGCACGUUAUUGGCCUGCACAACUGGUUCUACAUCUGCUCCUUGAGCAACAAGAACAUUGUGUACAAGGGCCAGCUUGCACCUGUGCAAGUCUACGAAUACUAUCACGACCUUCUCUCAGUCGAUUAUGAGGGGCACUUUGCUCUUGUUCAUUCGCGUUUCUCCACUAACACAUUCCCUAGCUGGGAUCGUGCACAGCCCUUGCGAUGGGCAGCCCACAAUGGUGAGAUCAACACCCUGCGUGGUAACAAGAACUGGAUGCGCUCCCGAGAAGGCGUCAUGAAGUCGGAGAUGUUUGGUGAUGAACUCGACCUUCUGUACCCGAUCGUUGAGGACGGAGGUUCCGACUCUGCUGCAUUCGACAAUGUGCUCGAAUUGCUCACCAUAAACGGUGUUCUCUCGCUACCUGAAGCUGUUAUGCUCAUGGUGCCGGAGGCAUGGCAAGGUAACCAUUCCAUGGACCCUGCGAAACAGGCAUUCUAUGAGUGGGCGGCCUGCAUGAUGGAGCCCUGGGACGGCCCAGCCCUCUUCACUUUCUCCGAUGGACGGUACUGCGGAGCGAACCUUGAUCGUAACGGCCUCCGACCUUGCCGUUACUACGUGACUGACGACGAUCGAAUUGUCUGCGCUUCAGAGGUCGGUACAAUCUCCAUCGAGCCUGAGCGAGUCGUACAGAAGGGCCGUCUCCAGCCUGGCCGCAUGUUGCUCGUUGAUACCGUUGCUGGCCGCAUCAUCGACGACUCUGAGCUGAAGAAUACGGUUGCAGCUCGUCACGAUUUCCGAUCCUGGGUUGAGAAGAACCUGUUGACUUUGCCCAAGAUCAAGCAGGCGGUCCUCGACAAGGGUGUAGAUCUUAGCUCUGCUCUUACCGACACCCGUGUGCACGAGGACCCGCGCCUCAAGGCAUUUGGAUACUCCCUCGAGCAGGUCACACUGCUCCUUGCGCCUAUGGCCGCCGAUUCCAAGGAGGCUCUCGGUUCUAUGGGGAAUGACGCACCUCUCGCAUGCCUGGCGCAGCAGCCCCGCCUCAUGUACGAGUAUUUCCGACAGCUCUUCGCCCAGGUCACGAACCCUCCCAUCGACCCUAUCCGAGAGGCUAUUGUUAUGUCGCUCGAGGCAUACGUUGGCCCUCAGGGUAAUUUGCUUGAGAUGGACGAGUCGCAGUGCGGUCGAUUACUUCUUCCGUCACCCAUCCUCUCUUUGGAGGAGUUCAAGGCAUUGAACAACGCGCAUAGCCUCUACCCUGGGUGGACAGUCAAGACGAUCGACAUCACCUUCCCCAAGAGCGAAGGUGUCGAUGGUUACAUGAAUGCGCUCGACCGAAUCUGCGAUGCUGCCACCGAGUGCAUCGACAGCGGUGACAACAUUCUCGUGCUCUCCGACCGCGCUACCUCCGCCGAACGAGUGGCUGUCUCCGCUUGUCUCGCCACUGGUAUGGUGCACCAUCACCUUGUCCGUAGCAAGGCCCGCUCCCGCGUCGCCCUUGUCAUCGAGACUGCCGAAGCUCGUGAAGUCCACCACAUGUCCGUUCUCGUCGGUUACGGUGCUGACGCCAUCUGCCCUUACCUUGCCAUCGAGUGCAUUCUGAAGAUGCACCGUGAGGGUUUGAUCCGUAAGAAGCUCUCACCUGAGCAACUCAUUGACAACUACAAGCACUCCUGCGAUGGUGGUAUCCUGAAAGUUAUGAGCAAGAUGGGAAUUUCUACGUUGCAGUCGUACAAGGGAGCUCAGAUCUUCGAGGCCCUUGGUAUCGAUGAUUCAGUUGUCGACCGUUGCUUCACGGGAACCGCUACUCGCAUUAAGGGUGCGACUUUUAAGGACUUUGCUCAAGAUGCUUUCGCGCUUCACGAAAAGGGGUUCCCAUCCCGCAGCAUCGUUGAGGUUCCCGGCCUUACCGAGACUGGUGAGUACCAUUGGCGUGACGGUGGAGAGGCUCACGUCAACGACCCGACUGCUAUCGCAAACAUCCAGGAUGCCGUCCGCACCAAGAACGACAAGUCUUACGAGGCAUACUCCCUGAACGAAUAUGAGCGCAUCAAGGACUGCACGCUCCGUGGUCUGCUCGACUUCAACUUUGAGGAUCGCAACCCCAUUCCCAUCGACCAGGUCGAGCCGUGGACCGACAUUGUCCGUCGCUUCGUGACUGGUGCUAUGUCUUACGGCUCUAUCUCCAUGGAGUCUCACUCUACCCUUGCUGUCGCCAUGAAUCGAUUGGGCGGCAAGUCCAACACCGGUGAGGGUGGUGAGGAUCCCGAGCGAUCUCUCCGCAUGGAAAACGGUGACACCAUGCGCUCUGCCAUCAAGCAAAUUGCCUCUGGUCGUUUCGGUGUGACCAGCAACUACCUCGCCGACGCCGAUGAGCUUCAGAUCAAGAUGGCUCAGGGAGCUAAGCCUGGUGAGGGUGGUGAACUUCCCGGUCACAAGGUCUCCGCUUCCAUUGCGAAGACCCGUCACUCUACUCCUGGUGUCGGCCUCAUCAGCCCCCCGCCUCAUCACGACAUUUACUCCAUCGAAGAUCUCAAGCAGUUGAUUUACGAUCUCAAGUGCUCGAACCCGCGCGCCCGUGUCUCCGUCAAACUUGUCUCUGAGACCGGUGUCGGUAUCGUCGCUUCUGGUGUCGCCAAGGCCAAGGCUGAUCACAUCUUGAUCUCUGGUCACGAUGGUGGUACCGGUGCUUCUCGCUGGACUGGUAUCAAGUACGCCGGUCUUCCCUGGGAGUUGGGUCUUGCCGAGACUCAUCAGACUUUGGUCCUCAAUGAUCUCCGAGGACGUGUCAUCGUUCAGACUGACGGACAGCUCCGCACUGGUCGCGACGUCGCUAUCGCUUGUCUCCUUGGUGCCGAAGAGUGGGGUUUCGCUACGACCCCUCUCAUCGCCAUGGGCUGCAUUAUGAUGAGGAAGUGCCACUUGAACACUUGCCCCGUUGGUAUUGCCACCCAGGACCCUGAGCUCAGGAAGAAGUUUGUUGGUACACCCGAGCACGUCAUCAACUUCUUCUACUAUGUCGCCAAUGAACUUCGUGCCAUCAUGGCUAAGCUCGGAUUCCGUACCAUCAACGAGAUGGUUGGCCACUGCGAGGUUCUCCGUGUCCGCGACGACCUCCGCACUGCCAAGACUGAGAAUAUCGACUUGUCGCUCAUCCUGACACCCGCCCAUACCCUUCGACCUGGUGUGGCCACCUUCAACGUCCGCAAGCAGGACCACCGUCUCCACGUGCGUCUUGACAACAAACUCAUUGCCGAGUCCGAGCUGGCUCUCGAGAAGGGCUUGCCCGCACGUAUCGAAUGCGAUAUCGUCAACACUGACCGUGCCUUGGGUGCCACCCUAUCCUACCAGGUCAGCAGGCGCUACGGCGAAGCUGGCCUUCCCCAGGACACAAUCCAUGCCAACAUUCGUGGAUCUGCUGGACAGUCUUUCGGUGCUUACUUGGCUCCUGGUAUUACUCUGGAGCUCGAGGGUGACGCCAACGACUAUGUCGGCAAGGGGCUCUCCGGCGGUCGCAUCAUCGUCUACCCGCCUCGCACGGCUGUGUUCAAGGCUGAAGAGAACGUUCUCAUCGGAAACGUUUGCUUGUACGGUGCCACCAAGGGUACCUGCUUCUUCCGCGGUGUUGCUGCCGAGCGUUUCGCCGUCCGCAACUCCGGUGCCACGGCCGUUGUUGAAGGUGUCGGUGACCACGGCUGCGAGUACAUGACUGGUGGUCGCGUAGUCGUCCUUGGAUCUACUGGUCGCAACUUUGCUGCUGGUAUGUCCGGCGGUAUCGCCUAUGUCCUCGACAUCCAUCAAGAUUUCGAGCAGAAGGUCAAUCAGGAGAUGGUUGAGCUUUCUGGCCUUGAGGAUCCCCAGGAAAUCGCCUUUCUCCGUGGGCUCAUCGAGGACCACCAUCAUUACACUGGCUCAGAGCUUGCUGCCCGCAUCCUCUUGGACUUCACUCGCGCCCUUCCCCGCUUCGUCAAGAUCAUGCCGGUCGACUACAAGCGCGUCCUCUUGGAGGAGGCUGCUAAGGAAGCCGAGAAGAAGAGGAAGGAGUACCCUCUUGCAAUCCUCCCUGGAAAUCCUGUUCGCACGUCCCACGAGGAGUCUUUGAAGCAACAGCACGAAGCAAAGGACAAAAAGGCCGAUCUUCUCGACAUCGAAGAGAGCGUCAGUGACGCCAAGGCUGAGAAGAAGAAAGCUCUUGUUCUUGACAAGACCAAGGGUUUCAUGAAGUACCAGCGACGCUCUGAGAAGUACCGCAACCCCAAGACCCGCACUCGUGACUGGUCCGAGCUCUCGCAACGUCUCAAUGAGGAUGAACUCAAGUACCAGACUGCUCGUUGCAUGGACUGUGGUGUACCUUUCUGUCAGUCUGACACUGGCUGCCCGAUCUCCAACAUCAUUCCUAAAUGGAAUGAGCUUGUUUUCCAAAACCAGUGGCGCGACGCUCUCAACCGUCUGCUCAUGACUAACAACUUCCCCGAGUUCACCGGCCGUGUCUGUCCUGCUCCUUGCGAGGGUGCCUGCGUUCUAGGUAUCAACGAGGACCCUGUUGGUAUCAAGUCGAUCGAGUGCGCCAUCAUCGAUCGUGGUUUCGAAAUGGGCUGGAUGAUCCCCUCGCCGCCCCAGACACGCACUGGCAAGAAGGUGGCCAUCAUCGGAUCUGGCCCUGCUGGUCUUGCUGCAUCUGAUCAGCUCAACAAGUGUGGUCACGAAGUCACCGUGUACGAGCGUGCCGAUCGCGUUGGUGGUCUGCUCAUGUACGGUAUUCCCAACAUGAAGCUCGACAAGAAGGUUGUGCAGCGCCGUGUCGACUUCCUCGCCGCCGAGGGUGUCAAGUUCGUCACUGGUGUCGCUGUCGGUGCGGAGGGCCAGCCAUCUCUGGAGUCCCUGCGUGCUGAGUACGACGCUGUCAUUCUCGCCACUGGUGCGACUGUCGCUCGUGACCUGCCCAUCCCCAACCGCAACCUCGAUGGUGUCCACUUCGCCAUGCAGUUCCUGCACAAGAAUACCAAGUCCCUCCUCGACUCCGAGCUUGCCGACAAUGCUUACAUCUCGGCUAAGGGCAAGAACGUCGUGGUUAUUGGAGGCGGUGAUACCGGUAACGACUGCAUCGGUACCUCCGUCCGCCACGGAGCCAAGUCGGUCGUCAACUUCGAGCUCCUUCCCCAGCCGCCGCCAGAGCGUGCCCGUGACAACCCGUGGCCUCAAUGGCCGCGUAUCUUCCGCACUGACUACGGCCACUCGGAAGUCAAGACGCACAUGGGCAAGGAUCCUCGCGAGUACUGCGUGAUGUCCAAGGAGUUCGUCGACGACGGCGAGGGCAAGGUCAAGGGUAUUAACACCGUCCGCGUCGAGUGGACCAAGUCCGCCACCGGCGGCUGGGACAUGAAGCAGGUCGAGGGCAGCGAGCAAUUCUUCCCCGCCGAGCUCGUCCUCUUGUCUAUGGGUUUCCUGGGUCCCGAGGAGCGCGUGCUCGCUGAUAUCGUCGAGCGCGAUGCCCGCAAGAACGUCAAGACCACCCCGGGCCACUACAACACCAACCUCCCCGGUGUCUUCGCUGCAGGUGAUUGCCGCCGCGGCCAGUCUCUCAUUGUCUGGGGCAUCAACGAGGGCCGCAUGUGCGCUCGCGAUGUUGACACAUUCCUCAGCGGCGUGGGCACCCAGCUCCCCGUCACCGGCGGCAUCGUCAAGAGCCUGCCCUAUGCGCUCAUGAACAAGGCGAACGGCCAGCCCGUGGAAAAGCUAGUGCAGGUCGCGGCUUAAACUCGUCAAUGUUUAAGCUUUCACUUGAAAAGGAUGGCUACAUUAUGGCCACGACUAGAGAGACGGACAACUGUACGGAAUUUGCAUGACUAUGUUUGACGACACUUUUUUGCGCUUGGGUUCGUCGUGAUUUGGGCAUGUUCUCAAUCGUUAUUGCAAGAUACCUCUUUCACUGCUUUGACUGGGUUUUUGGAGUUCGCGGGUGGCUUCUCGGGAUGUAUGUAUGGUGGCAAUGGGGGACAGGGUGUAUAGUUUGC